AUGCACAGCGGAGAUUCAUCCUCCGGCAGGGUCUCCCAAGCUGAGGAGGAGUUCGACACAUCCGACAUUCCGACUUCUCGGAAUCGGAAGCCUAGCUACGCGGAAACCACUGCUAAGAUUCACCACCGUCUUGGCAAAAUGUCGCAAGCAUAUACACUGCCUCAGUACCCUGCACACUGGGCCCUGCCGUCUCAGACGUCGGACGGUAUGGCUACCGGUGAGAGGCGAUCAAAUCUCAGACUGUGUACUUACAACGUGAGAACAGUGCCCACAGACGCUGACCUGCAUGCCCUUCUCGUAGCUGCAGAGCGUAUCAAAUUUCACGUGAUUGCUCUGCAGGAGACCAAGUGCAGAAGGAGCGACGCGGGUGUUGGUUCUCUUCUGCACCUAUCUGUCGUCCAUCUUGUCGAUUCUCACGAGAUCCUGUCACCUCGUCUGGUCAUUCUUCGCCUCCGCCCUCUGCGCCAAAAACCCAUCAGUAUCAUCAACUGCUACUCGCCAACAUCAGCAGCUGAUGAACCCGAAUUGGACGCGUUUUACGAGGAGCUGGAGGAAGUAAUCCGCAACGAGAAGUCCUUCUACAAAUUCGUUGGCGGAGACUUCAACGCAAAACUAGGAAAAGCUACAGAAGAGGAAUACAAGAUCGGAAGAUUUGGACUAGGGGACCGGAAUGAAAAUGGCAAUCGUCUCGCCGGGCUGUUGUUCGCCGCUCGCCUCUUUCAUGGGAACUCUCUUUUCAUGAAAAAAGAUCAUCGUGAUUGGCACAUCGAGGAGCACGUGGAUUACGAGAUGCCGCUCAGAGGGCAACGAGCCUGUGCUGAGCGUGUCUCGAAGCCGCGCACGACAAACUUGGAUCGAAUUUCGAAGACCACCAAGGAAUUGUUGGAAAGAAGAAGGGCUUUGAGGCCUGAUCCAAAUGCAUCGCACGUUGAGCGGAAGAAGAAGAUUCUGGAAGCAGCACAAAGAAGAACAAGUCUGAAGAAGUGCGGCAGGGAUCUCCGCGAAUAUAAUAUUCCGCUAGCAGCCUUGCUGAGCAAAGACGGGACUCGCACAUCUUCUCAUCGUGAGAUGGAAAUCAUUAUGGAGAGGUUCUACUCGAACCUUUUCCGUUCAUUUACUCUUGUGUCAAGCCCGAUCAUCCCCACUGGUGAGGCUCUACCACGGAUUCUCCCUUCGGAAGUGCGAGACGCUAUCAAGAGCAUGAAACCUGGCACAGCCCCCGAACCUGAUUUUAUAUCAGCAGACUUUCUUCGGGCUGGUGGCCACCCACUUGAUGUAAUCUUAGCAGCGCACAUGACAUACUACCUUCAGAAAGAAAGGAUCCCAAACCAGUGA